AUGGUUGUACCUAACUUACCAGUUGAGAUUCCAGUAACUAUUAAAACGACUACAGGCAAAUCCGCCACGGCACGCCUGUACACCCAGCGCCUCAACGGCACCUAUCUCCGCAGUCCUCCAGACUACCUAGCCAACAUCCGCGGCAUGAUGUCCAUGAAGCCUAGACUGGUUCGCAGCGCCUACCACGCCCUCAACAACUACCUCAUGGCAGAACUGGUCAAAUCCAUCCUCAAAACGAGACUAGUCGUCAUGGAUCAGUACUGGCACGGGUUGACGGCCUUUGCCCUAGCCAAGCUGGCCGGCAUAAGACAGAACCUACCGGUGCCAGGGUCUCCCAUCUACAAUUUCCCCCAAGACCUGCUCAUCCCUGACAUCAGCUUCUUCAUCGCCGCCAAUGAUGAGAGAAGACUCUUCAAGCUGCCGGACACUGGCAAACCAGCAACCUCCAAAGUCUUCAGAGAAUCAACAUACGAGGCCUACAGCUUGAUGGAUCUGCCCAGGAUGGUUCCCAUCAACGGGGACAGACUCAGGGAGGAAGUUGAGGCCGAGAUGGUGAAGAUAACGUACGAACAGCUACAGGGAUUUGUAUAAAUGUUCAUAUAUG